CCCCCCCACCACCAUCCUCCUCCUCCUCCUCCUCCCUCCGCCCUCCGCAUCCCCGCGCCGCCACCCGCAGCCUCGCCCGGCCGUGCGCGCCCCUGGGUGCCCCCCGAACCCCCCCGGCACCGAGCCAUGGCCCCCAUCGGACUCAAGGCUGUGGUGGGAGAGAAGAUUAUGCACGAUGUGAUCCGGAAAGUGAAGAAGAAGGGGGAAUGGAAGGUGCUGGUGGUGGACCAGCUGAGCAUGCGCAUGCUCUCGUCCUGCUGCAAGAUGACCGACAUCAUGACAGAGGGCAUCACCAUUGUGGAAGACAUCAACAAGCGCCGGGAGCCGCUGCCCAGCCUGGAGGCCGUGUACCUCAUCACCCCCUCCGAGAAGUCCAUCCACUCCCUCAUCAAUGACUUCAAGGAUCCCCCCACCUCCAAGUACAGAGCUGCCCACGUCUUCUUCACUGACUCCUGUCCUGACGCCCUGUUCAACGAGCUGGUGAAAUCCCGCGCUGCCAAGGUCAUCAAAACCCUGACUGAGAUCAACAUUGCCUUCCUCCCCUCCGAGUCCCAGGUUUAUUCUCUGGAUUCAGCUGACUCCUUCCAGAGCUUUUACAGCCCACACAAGGCCCAGAUGAAGAACCCGAUCCUGGAGCGCCUGGCAGAGCAGAUUGCCACGCUCUGUGCCACCCUGAAGGAGUACCCAGCCGUGCGGUACCGCGGGGAUUACAAGGACAAUGCCAUGCUGGCACAGCUCAUCCAGGACAAGCUGGAUGCCUACAAGGCUGAUGACCCCACCAUGGGUGAGGGUCCAGACAAGGCUCGCUCCCAGCUGCUCAUCCUGGACCGUGGCUUUGACCCCGCGUCGCCGGUGCUGCACGAGCUCACCUUCCAGGCCAUGAGCUACGACCUGCUGCCCAUCGAGAACGACGUCUACAAGUACGAGACCAGUGGCAUUGGUGAGGCCCGGAUCAAGGAGGUUCUGCUGGAUGAGGAUGACGACCUGUGGGUCACCCUGCGCCACAAACACAUCGCCGAGGUGUCCCAGGAGGUGACCCGGUCCCUGAAGGAGUUUUCUUCCAGCAAGAGGAUGAACACGGGUGACAAGACCACCAUGAGGGACCUGUCCCAGAUGCUGAAGAAGAUGCCACAGUACCAGAAGGAGCUCAGCAAGUACUCCACCCACCUGCACCUGGCUGAGGACUGCAUGAAGCACUACCAGGGCACUGUGGACAAGCUGUGCCGAGUUGAGCAGGACCUGGCCAUGGGCACCGAUGCUGAAGGUGAGAAGAUCAAGGAUCCCAUGAGGGCCAUUGUCCCCAUCCUGCUGGAUGGCAAUGUCAGCACCUAUGACAAGAUCCGCAUCAUCCUGCUCUACAUCUUCCUGAAGAACGGGAUCACCGAGGAGAACCUGAACAAGCUGAUCCAGCACGCUCAGAUCCCGGCAGAGGACAGCGAGAUCAUCACCAACAUGGCCCACCUCGGGGUGCCCAUCAUCACAGACUCCACGCUGCGCCGCCGGAGCAAGCCGGAGCGCAAGGAGCGCAUCAGCGAGCAGACCUACCAGCUGUCCCGGUGGACCCCGGUGAUCAAGGACAUCAUGGAGGAUGCCAUUGAUGACAAGCUGGACACCAAGCACUACCCGUACAUCUCCACCCGCUCCUCCGCCUCCUUCAGCACCACUGCCGUCAGUGCCCGCUACGGCCACUGGCACAAGAACAAGGCCCCCGGCGAGUACCGGAGCGGGCCCCGCCUCAUCAUCUUCAUCCUGGGCGGGGUGAGCAUGAACGAGAUGCGCUGCGCCUACGAGGUGACACAAGCCAGCGGCAAGUGGGAGGUGCUAAUAGGUUCUACUCACAUUCUCACUCCCACCAAAUUUCUCAUGGACCUGAGGCACCCCGACUUCAGGGACUCCACUAGGGUAUCAUUUGAGGAUCAGGCUCCAGCAAUGGAGUGAGCCAAAGAAACCAAGGUCCACGCACAUCCUCACCCCACAGAAACUGCUGGACACGCUGAAGAAACUCAAUAAAACAGAGGAAGAGAGCAGCAGUUAAAAGGAAACGCUGUCACCACUCGAUGCCGACCCACGUCCCCGCCGGGCGCCCGGCCCCGGGUGUCACCCUGCACCCUGUGGGCCCCAGCUUCUCUCUUGUUCUUGUGUUGAUCCCCUCCUCUCCCCUCCCAGCGCCUCCCCCAUCUCAUUUUAUCCACAGGGAGGGGAUAACAGCCAAAAACAAAAUAAUAUAUAUAUAUAUAUUAAGAAAAUGGAUGCAUUGUGUUUAAGAGAAAAAGGAAAAAAAAAAAUCUAUAUAUUUGUAGCUGCAGCUGUGGGAAGCGCCCAGGAGCUCAUUGCUGAGUAACCAUCUGCCCAUUGCUAGUGAAUAUGGUGGGGAAAAUGACAGAAAAACACUUUUUAUUUGGGAGAAUGCUCCUCAUUGGGGUCUUGUGUGGACGGGAGGACAGAUGGACGGACACCCCACACCGCUCCAGCCGCUGCUCAGGUGGGCACCAGGCUGGCACCACCAUCUGUCCCAUGGCUUUUGGGGCGGUGGGUGCUCCUGCCAGAUGUGCACGCCAACAUCUGGGUGGGACUUUGGGAGGGGGGUGGUGUGGGAGUGCAGCCAGGACGCUUCACAGCGUGGUAAUUCCCGUGUGAAAAGGGACCAAACCGGUCAAAACUGGGAGCUGGGGCCCAUCUGCUUGCAUAGCCCUGCUGCAGCCCUGCCUCCCUCUCUGGGAAUUCCUUCAAAAAUAUAUAUAUAUAUAAAAUAAAAAGCUGUUUUAUAUAUAUAUAUAUAUAUAUCUGAGCUAUCUCUCCAUGGAUACCUCUCUCCAUCCAUCCAUCCCCAUGGGAGCUCGGUGCCCGUGCCCAGCUCCGCUCGUGUCGUCCCGUGGUGAAGCGUUUCUGAGCGUGCCGUCACCCUGAGACCCCCAAAACUCCUCUGGGCCCUCCCUAAAACUCCUCUGGGCCCUCCCCAAAAUCCCUCUGGGGCCCCCCAAACUCCCAAGGCCCCCCCCAAACCCUCUGGACUCUGUGUAUAUUAAUGACUGUGUCUUGUGACGUUCUUACGAGCUUGGUGUAUAGUGAUUUCCCCAAACCUCUGAUUUUAGUUGGGUUUUUAUUUGACGCCCCUGGAUUGCCCCCCUGUUCCCUUGCCUUUAGAUGCACUGCAAUAUUUUGGGGUCUAUGGUUUUGUUCUCUUCCCCCUGAAGGCUGUGAGCCCCCUUUUCCUACCCUAAAAUUGCUCUUUCUUGCCUCGUUGGUGGUUAGCCCUCCCUUUUCCCUUCCUUUCCUGUCUGCUCCUUGCCCAUAAAGUUAAAUAUAUAUUUUUAGGGCAAAGGCUGUAUCAUUGCACUGAUAUUUGUUGGUUCCCCUUUGGUCUCCCAGCCCGUUUCUGUUCCUCUUUGGUUUAGCAAUGCAAAUGCUUCAGGAUCUUGUAUGUUGGACAUUAUUAUUAUUAUUAUUUUUUCUGUUACAGUUAUUUAUAUAAAAAAUAAUUUAUCAAAAAGGAAAACUUUAAAAAAAAAUAAUCUAGUCUGUCUUGGAACUUGUUUACCUUGAAAUUACUGGAAUCUAAAUGUUUGAAAGUGUUGAAGCACAAACAUGUAUCAUCUCUGUAUAUCUGUUCUUCUGUACUAAAGCACUCGAGUGACUAAAUAAAAGCGAUCUCCAUCCCUAGUGCAA